GGCAAAGUCGACCUCGGUGGAAUUUGAACUCAGAACAAAAAGACAGACGAAAUACCGCUAAGCAUUUCAAGCAACAGAAAUAACUGGGGAAUAGAAUAUAAAAAAAAAAGAAAAAAAGAAAAACAUUUGGACUUUGUGGUGAGAGGAGAAAAAUAAUGGAAUUUGAAUUACGUGAUAAUGAGGUUAAUUGUAAUACACAGUCGUUAAGGAUUGAUUUUACUGAAGAUGAAACAGAAGAAGAAGAGAAAACAUCAUUUCACUGUGAUGUCUGCAACAAGUCCUUCUUUCUCAAAGAUGAACAGACGAUUCACAAAUGUUUCCAUGCAGGAGAGGAUCUCUAUCGCUGUGACAUCUGUGGUAAAUCAUUCUCUGAAAAGGUUCGUUUGACCACACAUAAACACAUUCACGCAGGUGUCGAGCCGUAUCGCUGUAAUACCUGUGGUAAAUCAUUCUCUCAGAAUCAUAGCUUAGCUAUUCACAAAUGCAUCCACAUUGUGGUUAAGUCACAUCAUUGCGAUAUCUGUGGUAAAUCAUUCUCUGGAAAUAGCAACCUAACCACUCACAAACGUAUUCAUACAGGAGACAAACAAUAUCAUUGUGAUAUCUGUGGAUUACCAUAUCACUGUGAUAUCUGUGGUAAAUCAUUCUCUCAAAAUCACCACUUAACUACUCACAAAUACAUUCACACAGGAGAGAAACCUUAUCAGUGUGAUAUCUGUGGUAAAUCAUUCUCUCAGAAUCAUCAUUUAAUUACUCAUAAGCGCAUUCAUACAGGUGAGAAACCCUAUCCCUGUAAUAUUUGCGGUAAAUCUUUUUCUCAAAGUUACCACUUGAGUAAACACAAACGUAUUCAUACGGGAGAGAAACCAUAUCAUUGUGAUAUCUGUGGUAAAUCCUUCUUUCAGAACCAUACCUUAAUUUCUCACAAACACAUUCACACAGGAGAGAAGCCUUAUCACUGUGAUGUAUGUGAAAAGUCUUUCUCUCAAAAAGGUAACUUAACUACUCACAAACAUAUCCACGCAGGAAAGAAACCAUAACACUGUGAUAAAUCUAUUACUCUCUCUCUCUCUCUCUUUUACUUGUUUCAGUUAUUUGACUGCGGCCAUGCUGGAGCACCGCCUUCAGUCGAGCAAAUCGACCCCAGGACUUAUUCUUUGUAAACCCAG